AGUCUCAAUCAGUCGCUAUCGCCUAAUUCCUACCCGGGCUCCCUCCCCCCGACCGCUCGACGAAACCCUAAACCCCACUCAUCAGCUCGACUCCGCUCUCUCUCGCUUCUCUCUCUCUCUCGAGAGGAGCGCGACGAGGACAGCGGGGAGGUGGUGCAGUUGUGGCGAUAUCUACUAGGGUUUCCCCUCGCUCAGGCGCUUCCUCUCUCGCUGUUUCGUUGGGGCCCGAUCUCCGAACCCUAAACCCCUCUCGUCCUCGACUCCCUUUCCACAGCUCCAGUUCUUCUUCUUCUUCUUCUUCUUCUUCUUCUUCUUGUGCUAAGGUUCCUGCCCUCCUCCCUGUUUGAGUUACUCGACUGAUUGUGUUUCCAAGUUUCUAAUCACUGGAUGUGUAAAAAAAUAUAAAAUAAAAUAAAAUAUACGAGCUUUAUUAUAGUUUUUGAAGUUCUGCGGAAAAAUACUAUAGUAACUUGUUCAUUUAUGGCUUUAGUCUGUUGGAUAGCGAUUUAUGUAUUUUCUGUGGUUAUAUUCUCAUAAAUCGUAUUCAGAGCAUUGGAUCUGUAGUUCUUCAUCGAUUGCUACGUCGUCCUGUUAAUAGGUUAGAUUUUUAUGGCCUUUUCUUAGGAGUUUUUUUUUUUUUUUUUUAAUUAAACAUCAGUCAGUCGAUGAUAUGUGGUUUAUUUCCUAUUUGCUUCCUCUGUUUUCCCGUGGAUUAACGUCUGUACGAUUGUCCAUCCGACAGUUGCUUUCUUCUGUUUCAAAAAUUUCCUAAUGACCAGCAUUUGUUUCAGUUCUGUUCUGUGGAGCAUUAUGAGUAGAGCAGUUUGCAAAUUAUGUGAAUUGAUUUUACCCUGAAAAUCUUUUGUUCAGAAUGAAUGGUAUGGGAUCGAAUUCUAUGAGAGAGACGGACUUUUUUGAUAGAUAAGUUUUAUUAUGUAUGCAAGCACAAGCACAAAUUAAUUCUGGCAAAUCCCCAUGCUUAGGAGCUAGUAGGAAAAAAGGGCAAGGAAAUUGGAUCGAGUUCGCACGAAACAGCAAUGGAUGCGAAGAAGACAGUGGGCACCGGCCUGGACCUUCCGAUGAAUGUAAUGCUUGAGAUUCUGAAGAGACUUCCUGCAAAGUCUCUUGCGCGAUUGAACUUCGUUUGUAAGCAAUGGCACUCGUGGUUGCAUUUGCCUUAUUUUGCCAAGCUGCAGAGUGAGCACGCAUCUCGCAACCCGAAAAUAUAUGUCAUUAAUACAUGGUUGGCAUGGGAUGAUAAUUUAGGUCAGAAUACGCUUCGUAUAUAUUCGUUCUCGGAGGACGGAGGCCGGGUAAUGCUCUCCGAUAAAUUCGCAAUCCCUAUCACAGUUAAAGACGAUUUUAGUAUUUCAAAUGCAUGCCAUGGUCUGAUCUCCUUCUACGGCGCAAGAUAUGUUUUUGUGGCUAAUCCACGUACUAGAAAGUUUCGGGCUCUUAAAGAAGCCUCUUUUCAUCAAUCACGUGUAUUGGGCGGUGAGCUUAUUUUCCCUAAUGUGGGGUUGGGUUUCAGCCUCGAGACUGGUGAAUAUAAAGUUGCUCGAGUCUCUGGCCGGGAGCGAAGGUGCGAGGUUCUCACUCUGGGGAAGGAUGUGUCUUGGAGAGAUAUAGGUGCUGUUCGAUUUCCGCUCUCAAGGUACAGGCCUGCUUACAUGAAUGGAGCUCUAUAUUGGACCACUAUCGAGCACCCUGGUCUGGAACGCAUUGUUCGGUUUGACGUCUGCAGAGAAGAGUUUACGGGUAUCGAGCUCCCCCCUAGCUGGUCGCCGCAGCCUUUCAGAGGGAAGCGGCGUUUGUACUUCGGAGUGCUUUGGGGAUCUCUUUGUCUUGCUGCCUGGCGUGCCCCGCUGUUGGAUUUGCAUGUGAUCGAUGAUAACAAGUCUACGUGGGCAAGUAAGAGAAGAAAUAUUCACUCCAGAAAAAUUGAAGCUCGUCUUAACAUGGGAUGUAUCAAACUUAUUGAUUGGAUCAAAGAUAUGACCGCUGUAGCCAUCCAUAAGGACAAGGUCCUCAUAUUCUGCGAACUUAGUAUGAACUGGGUCUACCAUGAUCUGCGAAGCAACACGAGCUCCAUUAUCAGGCUCCCCAAUGAUGAGCCUUUUCUCUUAACUAAUUCCAGACCUUUUGCUUGUGAGGAGAGUAUCGUUCGAGUUCCGUAGAUGUAGUUAGAAUGAUAGCAAAGACUGAUGAUGGAUUUCUUUUUGUGCGCGCGUUUUUGGCGGAAGGUCGCUGACAGUAUUUUGGUGUUGAUGUACUAAACUAUAUUAAUGGAUAUUUCAUACUGCUGUAGUAGUUUAUUAUGCAAAGUAUUGUGCAGGCUAAAAUAUUGCAAACUUUAGUAUUGAUCA